AUGAUUGAAGAACAAGCAUAUCUAUAUGAUGAUAUACAGAGUUUGUUUGAGGCUACACCUAUGAUGGUUAAUCUUUUGGUUAAGAAGGAUGCGCCCUCUGCUAAGGAGUAUCUUAAGGCUAGUAAGAAACUCACUACCGGUGAGUUGGAUCUACUAAACCUCUUUCAUCAGUAUACAUUGGAAGGCAUUAUUAUUUACAUCUUUGGUUGCCUCUUCAAUAGUAUUAAUGAGAGCCCAGCUGUUCGGCUUUCUACCCUUGUAGACCAACUAUUGCUUUCUGAAAGGAAUUAUCAACGGGUUGGGAGCAAACCUUCCGUUAAUGUAAUUCCUGGGGUUAAUAAAACAGUGAAGGGUGGUAAAACAGAGGAGGGUGGUAAAACAGAGAAGGGUGCUAAGCGUAAGUAUUACAAACAAAAACCAAUAUAUGUAAUUUGUAAUUUUGAUUUAAGCAUUCUCCCGAUCCAGUUAAGUCUACCUAUGGUAUACCCUCCUAAGGAGUGGGGUGUUGUAGAACGACUUAAAGUGAGGGGAGAGGCGCCUAAAUCACUAUCUGAUAUUACUGGGGAUUAUUUAAGCGAACCUAACGGGGAUUUAUAUUUAUAUAAUCGGUAUAAUCUAUUAACAUCCCGCGAUAAGAAUAACUUUAAUAUUUUAUUGGGUGAAAACUACCAGGAAAUGUGUGACACCAUGAAUACCUUACAGAAAGAGGCUUUUGAGAUAAAUGUAGGUGUGUUAGAUUUCAUUAGAAUAAAUUAUGAUAUAUUAGUGGAAAUAGAUCUACUGAUGCCGAAGUUUCUAGCCAACUUAAAUGUAGCCGAGGGAUGCAAGCUAUUGAGGGAGUGUUAUCUAGAAGCAUCAAAGGGGGUUGGUAAGCUCAAACCUAACCUCUAUCCUGCAUUUCUAAAAGAGUUCUUGAGUGAUAUCCAGCGAGCCCGUUAUGAAAGGUUUAUACUCGAUAUAGCGUCAGCUUACGAGGGGUAUGAAUUUUAUCUGCCAGCAUUCGUCGACUUCCGCGGUAGGAUUUAUCGCGCGGGGGUAUUACAUUUCCACGAGCGAGAUUUAGCAAGGUCAUUGAUAGUGUUCUCUAAGCGUACAGUUUAUGAUGCUAAGAUGGCAAAUCCUUCUCAUAGUACAGAAUACGAUGAGAAGGUUAAGACAAUGUUAUAUGCGGCAGCCUCAUUUCAUUAUCAAAAGUUUGAUACUUACUCCGCGGCUGAGAGAUGGUAUCAUGAGCAGAGGUUUGAGUCUAUUGGUAGAAUCAUUGAGUAUGCACCUACCGCUAGAGAUCCCUUUCAGUUCCUAAGCAAGGCUCUAAUUAUCCAAGGGUUGGAUACUAGGGUAUCAGACUGGCAACUUCCUAUCACACAAGAUGCAUCUGCAAGCGCUUAUCAGAUAAUUAGUUAUUCUUGUUAG